GACACAAAGAUCUGUACAAGAACGUCAUGAUGGAGGAUCACCAGCCACCAAUUAAAGAAGAGAGAACAACUCCCAGUCCUCUUCUUCUACAGGAUGAGAGAUGUCCCAGUCCUCUUCUUCUACAGGAUGGUUCAGAAGAACAUCAAAUCAUUCCAUAUGAUGAUCAGAUAGAUGGAAAUAAGGUUUUAAAUCUGGGUAAAGAUCUGAACAAUAUUAAGGCUGAAGAUGCAUAUGUGAGGAGUGAUGAGCAGAUCAUAGAGGACAUUCCCACCGAUAACCACCCAGAUGACUGUACCAGGAGCUCAAAGAAACACGUGAUGUUAUCAGAUUUUAGAACAGAUGAUUGUGGUGUCACAGCAGAUACAUAUGAAGAGCUUGCCAUUAUCUCAGAUGUAUCAUCAGCAGCUCACAGCAAAGAUCUAUCAUCUGAUCCUUUGGAUGGAUUUCAAUCUUCUGAUUUAUCACAGACUGUUAAGCAAAAUAAAAGCCACAGAAGAAGUGUUCAUCAUCAAAGAAGUCAUACAGGGGAGAAUACUCUUUCAUGCUCAGAAUGUGGGAAAGGUUGUAAAUCUAAAUCAGAUCUUAUUAGACAUAAGAGAACUCACACAGGGGAGAAGCCAUUUUCAUGUUCAGAAUGUGGGAAAUGCUUUCAGCAGAAAUCACAUCUUCUUAACCAUCAGAGAAUUCACACAGGGGCGAAGCCAUUUGCUUGUUUACAAUGUGGGAAAUCUUACACACAGAAAUCAUGUCUUGUUAUACAUGAGAGAAGUCACUCAGGGGAGAAGCCAUUUUCUUGUUUAGAAUGUGGGAAAUGUUUCACUGAUAAAUCAACUUUUGGUAAACAUCAGAGAGGUCACACAGGGGAGAAGCCAUUUUCUUGUUUAGAAUGUGGGAAAUAUUUCAUAUAUAAAUCAAAUCUAGUUGUACAUCAGAGAAUUCACACAGGGGAGAAGCCGUUUUCAUGUUCAGAAUGUGAAAAACAUUUUAACCGUAAAUCACAUCUUGUUAGACAUCAUAGAAUUCACACAGGGGCGAAGCCAUUUUCUUGUUUAGAAUGUGGGAAAUGUUUUACUAAUAAAUCAACUCUUGUUAAUCAUCAAAGAAGUCACACAGGGGAGAAGCCAUUCUCAUGCUCAGAAUGUGGGAAAUGCUUUACUUAUAAAUCAACUCUUGGUAUACAUGAGAGAAGUCACACAGGGGAGAAACCCUUUUCUUGUUUAGAAUGUGGGAAAUGUUUUACUUAUAAAUCAACUCUUGCUAAACAUCGGAGAACUCACACAGGGGAUAAGCCAUUUUCUUGUUUAGAAUGUGGGAAAUGUUUUAUAGAUAAAUCAACUCUUGUUAAACAUCGGAGAAUUCACACAGGGGAGAAGCCAUUUUCUUGUUUAGAAUGUGGGAAAUCUUACAGACAGAAAUCAUGUCUUGUUAUACAUGAGAGAAUUCACACCGGGGAGAAGCCAUUUUCUUGUUUACAAUGUGGGAAAUCUUUUAUAAAGAAAUCAUGUCUUGUAAAACAUCAGAGAAUUCACACUGGUAAGAAGCGAUUUUAAUGUUCAAAAUGUGGUAACUAGAGAUGAGCGAUCUUUUGAAAAUUUAAAUUCUGCAGCUUGGUCAAAGUUCAACAAGAAAUUUUGAUUUGUUCCGAAUGAAUUUGUCACGAAUAUGUUAAAACUCCAUUUAGCCUAGCAAUCAAUGAGACCAUUUUUAACAGGCCUUUAGACCGAAGCACACCCAUCUAACAGCCAUAAAAAAUGGUAAUACGCUCAUAUGCACAUAUAGCUUUUUGUUUGCACAGGGACUGUCUGCUUUUCUCUUGAUUGAAAAAGACCUGCAGAAGUACCUGCGCUUAGCAUGAUGACUUCACCAUGUGAUCAUGCUAGGAGAGCACAGUGACAUCAUCACAUUGAGCGCAGGUCCUUUGACAGCUCUUUUUUUAGUCAAGAGAGGAGCUGACUGCCUCUGCGCAAGCAAGUGGAUGAGGUGAGUGAAAAAAGUUUUUCCCCCUCCCCCAUGACGGCACCCAUGCGAGGAGGACCUCCCAUCUGGGGCAGGAAACCUGAGGAUAUAAAAAUGUUCACACCCCCACCACACCUCAGUUCAGGUUUCCUGUCCUCCGGAUGGGAGAUCCUGAGGUUCUUACCAAAUUACAUCUCAGGGGCUGGGGGGAUCCAGGUCUGUGCACCGCAAUGGACGCAUCCCGGGCAGUGUAAGUCUCCUGAGGGAGCAACUGCCAAAGACUGCACCCUCCUGGCCUCUGGAGGGACCGAUGUGGCCGUGUUCAGGCGGGGGUCCAGUGUGCGGCGGUUGUAGAGAGGCAGCACGGCCUUACUCCAAGAUGGGACUGCGCAACUUCCAGUGCGGACUGCGCAACUUCCAGUACGUCACUUCCGGUGACGUCACAAACCCGGAAUUACCGGGAUUAGGCGCUAAUUUUGAAAAAAUCCAACAGGAGGUGGCCGAGGCGCGUUAUAAAUGCGGCAGCAGGAGAGGACAGCCAGCCUGCAAGCAAGGAAUCCAGACGGAAGAUGUCAGAACCUGCGGAUUCAGGGCGCGCCGACCCCAGUGAACCCUUGAGGCCUUCUAGUCCAGUACUGGUCCUAAGGAGUGGGGGACAACCGCUGGAGGGUAAGACCCAUCCGUAUUGUAGGUUCCUAAAAAGGCGUCGGAGAAGUCCAAGCACAAGGAGUGUGGGGAAUGCAGGGUCCCGUUACCUUCCUCCUAUUGUCACCGCCAGUUCUGUGAGAAGGUCUGGCAGACGUCCUUCUCUACCUCUUGCAUGAUGUUCUUUGUUUUGGUUUCACUUUGUCAUCUCCUUUCCUUCUCCCAGGUGUCACCUAUUUAGAC